AUGAGCCAUACGAGGAAAGAAAAAGGCACGCUAAAGCCAUCAACGACGCUGGAAGGAGGCAACGGCGAAAUCGAAGGCGAUACGCGGCCACAGCUUCAGUCAUCUCAGAGCCGCGGGUCAAGCUUCCAGUCGUCUGAGAUAGAGAAGCUGGUGUGUCAGGACCCGAGUAUUUUUCGCGAGGUGAUGGCUUCUAUCAACUCCCAGCCAACGUCCUUGGGUCUUCCGAGGCUAUUGCGUGCGGACGAGAUGCGAGCGACGUUCGGACCUUGA